CUUGUAUGCUUCCUACCUCAUCUAAAACUCUCCAGAAACAAGUUCUCAAAAAAUUUAAUUCAAAAAAGGAAAAAGAGAAGGAAUCAUGGGAUCCCUAAAUCUCCCUGAACUUGUUGUAAUAGACUUGAGCAAUGAGGGAUUGAAAGCAGGUUCAAGUUCUUGGUCAUCUGCAUGCAAAGACAUAAGACAAGCCCUUGAAAAUCAUGGCUGUUUUAUCGCUUUGUAUGACAAAAUCUCACCCCAACUUCACAGAUCCAUCUUCCAAGCUGCUGAUCAGCUGUUUGAUCUUCCCACUGAAGUCAAAGUGCAGAACAUAAAUGAAAAACCCUACCAUGGCUAUGUGGGUCAAAUGCCCAUUGUGCCCCUCCAUGAAGGUUUAGGCAUUGACUAUGCCACCACACUUGAAGGAGCUCAAAGUUUUACCAAACUCAUGUGGCCUGAUGGAAAUGAUUCCUUCUGUGAGACCGCAAUGUCCUUUGCCAAGACAGUUGCGGACAUAGAAAAAAUUGCAGUAAGACUGUUGUUCGAGAGCUACGGUGUGCAAAAGUACACUGACUCGCAUGUAGAAGCAACGACUUAUCUUCUUCGAUUCUUGAAAUAUCGUGCGCCCGAAGAGGGAGAGUCCAACAAUGCUUUUCCCUCCCACACGGACAAGAGCUUCUUUACUGUACUUCAUCAGAAUCACAUUUCGGGCUUGGAGGUUAGGGCGAGAAACGGCGAGUGGAUUAAUGUCGUGUUCCCGCCAUCCUCUUUCGUCGUCAUGGCCGGCGAUGCUUGCCAGGCAUGGAGCAACAACAGGGUACUUUCUCCAAACCACAAAGUGAGCCUGGACAAGAAUGGGAAGGAAACCAGAUACACAAUGGCCCAAUUCUCAUUCCUGAGCAAGAUGGUGGAAGUACCAGAAGAGCUGGUUGACGAUGAACAUCCCUUGCAAUUCAAGCCAUUUGCUCAUGUUGAUUUGCUAAACUUCUAUGCUACUGACCACGGUCGAAGAUCCCAAAAUAUACUCAAAGAUUUCUGUGGUGUUUGAAAUGCAUAUAUAUAAAUAUAUGUUUCCCACUUUAUUAAUAAUGUUGGAUUAUUACAUGCAUGUUUUGAUGAAUAACAUGAGUACUAAGUUGCCUUAUGUUGUUCUCAUGGUUUGUGAAUAAGUGAAAUGUAUUAUAAUUGUGUGUUUUGCUGAAGAGAUGUUUAUAUCAAGUUCAAUGUUUUAUGAAUAUUGUAUGGAACUCUGAGUUUAAUGUAAAUUAACGGAAAUAA